AUGGCUACCAUCAAGGCUAUCGAGGCCCGUUCGGUCCACCAAAUCCAAUCUGGUCAGGUCAUUGUCGACCUGUGCUCCGUUGCGAAGGAGCUUGUCGAGAACAGUCUCGAUGCCGGUGCUACAUCAAUAGAGGUCCGCUUUAAGAACAAUGGACUAGGUUUGAUUGAAGUGCAGGACAAUGGGGGGGGGAUAGCACCGGAAAACUACGAAAGCCUAGCACUCAAGCAUUACACCUCCAAACUCUCGACUUACGAAGACCUCACAAGCCUACGAACCUUCGGUUUCCGCGGCGAAGCAUUGUCCUCGCUAUGCGCCCUCUCCGACUUCCACGUUGUCACAGCGCAAGCCCAACAAGCCCCUCGAGCGAACCGACUAGACUUCGAACCGUCGGGGAAACUGAAGAAUACAAAAGUCGUGGCAGGACAACGGGGUACAACAGUUUCUGUGGGGGGGUUGUUCAACAGGUUACCGGUUCGACGGCGUGACCUCGAGAAGAAUAUAAAGCGCGAGUAUGGGAAAGUCCUGAACCUUUUGCAUGCAUACGCCUGUAUCAGUACGGGCGUGCGCUUUAAUGUGAGGAAUACAGUGGGCAAAACGAAAAAUGUGGUGGUCUUUGCGACGAGUGGGAAUCCGACUACGAAGCAGAAUAUUGCGAAUGUAUACGGUGCGAAGACUCUGUCUGCGCUGAUACCUCUUGAUUUGGCUCUGGAGUUUGAGCCCUCCACGGGUGGGAGGCGUUUUGUUGGGGGUAGUCAGGAUGAAGAGGUAAACAAGAUGCAGGUCAAGGGCCAUAUAUCUCGACCAGUAUUUGGAGAAGGGAGGCAGACACCUGAUCGUCAGAUGUUCUUCGUGAAUUCACGACCCUGUGGUCUGCCGCAGAUUGCGAAGGCGUUCAAUGAGGUCUACAAAUCGUUUAAUGUCUCUCAGUCGCCGUUUAUUUUUGCGGAUUUUCAUAUGGAUACGAAUGCCUACGAUGUUAAUGUGUCGCCUGACAAGCGGACGAUUCUUUUGCAUGAUGCCGGUGUGAUGAUUGAGUCAUUGAAGACGUCUCUUGCGGAGUUGUUUAAGUCUGCGGAUCAGACGGUUCCUCAAUCACAGCCGAGUUUCAAACAACAGUUUUGGGGGAUCUCACAGGUUUCUGUGGCAUCUAGAAGACUGUCUACUGACGCUCUAGCUCCAGCAAAUGAUAAAGAAGACGAGGAAGAAGGGGUACAGAAUGAGGAGUGCUCAGAUGCCAAUGAAGGAGUCGAAUCUACCCCGCGCAAUGCACAGGACAGAAUGAAGAGCUUCCUAGGAAGUCUGGGGAGUAGCAGUUGCGGGGUGGAUACAUCAUCCCCAGCUCGUUCUAGUAUACCAGAUCGACCACUUGUUUCAUCACCAACCGCAAUUCCUACGAGCUCUACUCCGGUCCUAAAAAGCCAGGCCCACAGCACAGAAGGUCAUACAGACUGCGAGCAAACACCAAACGAGUCGCCUGAUGCAUCACAAGACCAGCCCCCUACCCAGGAAGAAACAAAGUUGGAGCCUUCACAAAGUACCGCCAUUUCCGAUGAACCUACGUCGUCACAGAUGGAUCCGCCCGAGGAAACACUAAAUACUAUACAAAAUGCCUUUGAUCGCAUGCGCCCGAGGAGAAUGCCGGCUGAGGUUGCCACCAUCACUAUAGGAGACAAAACAGUUACCUCGAUGGUAGGAAGCGGGAUACCCAAAAAGAGAGCUGCAGAUAAAGGCUCUGGCGGCUUUAUGGUGAGGAAGAGAAGGAUACAUACUCCGUCCCGUCCUGGCAUAUUCGGUCGAUUUUCUGCCCCGGGAAUCCAGGCAACGGAGGGUUUUGAGGAUGUAGAUGAAGAGGAGGAUGAAGAGGAUGAGGAGGAUGAAGAGGAUGAGGAGGAUGAGGCGGAUGAGGUCGUGAUCGAUGAGGAUGCUGAGGAUAUUCAGGAUGGGCAAUCAGAAGAUGGCUCUCAGUUGUUUGUCCCUGACGAUCAAAGUGAUCAUGCAACCGAUGACAUUGAAGAAGAACAAGAGUCACCCAAGCACGAUGCCAGUGAUCAGGUUGAACCCGAUACGCAAGCCUCUGCACCAGAUAGCAUGAACGAAGAAGAAAAGAAAGCCCACGAAGAGGCUGAGGUACAGCGUCUCAUUCAGGAAGCAGAAAAGGCCGCAUUACCCAAUGAAAACACCACCAAUCGAGUCAAUAAGAUGAACAAGGGUGCUGCUCACAAGGAUUCCACCGUCCACUUGAUAGGGUCUAUCAACGGCUCCCUCUCUAAAAUCCAAAAUCAAAUAGAGCAGCUACGAGAGAGUCUUCGAUCUCAAACCCAGGAUAAAUUCGCGGCCCCAAACGCAAAUGAAGCCGCAACAUCCCAACAAACGGCCGAAAACUGUCUCUCGCUAACAGUAACCAAAGACGACUUUGCCAAAAUGCGAAUCAUCGGUCAAUUCAACCUCGGUUUUAUCAUAGCCACGCGGUCAUCUCCAAAGAACGACUCAGACACAGAUAACAAAGACGAAUUGUUCAUUAUCGACCAACACGCCUCAGACGAGAAAUUCAAUUUCGAGCGUCUCCAAGCUGAAACUGUUGUCCAGAACCAGCGUCUCGUCCAGCCAAAAACUCUCGAUCUAACCGCGGUCGAAGAGGAAAUCGUGCUAGAAAAUCGCGCUGCACUUGAGAAAAACGGGUUCAUCGUGGACAUCGACGAUAGCGGGAACGAACCUGUCGGCCGACGAUGUAAACUCAUCUCUCUACCGCUAAGCAAGGAAGUUGUAUUUGGCGUUCGUGAUCUCGAGGAACUCAUUGUUUUGCUAUCCGAGACGGCUACCCAGUCGACAGAUAUCUACAUCCCCCGACCUACUAAAGUGCGCAAUAUGUUCGCUAUGCGCGCAUGUCGCUCUAGCAUCAUGGUUGGGAAGAACUUGACUUCGCGACAAAUGGAGAAGGUGGUGAGGAAUAUGGGGACGAUUGAUAAGCCGUGGAACUGUCCGCAUGGGCGGCCGACGAUGAGGCAUUUGAUGAGUCUGGGAGAUUGGGAUGAAUGGGGUGAAUGGGAUAACGCUUGGAAUGAAGAUGGCGACGGAGAGACUAGUGUGGACGAGAUGGGUCUUUGGAGGAGUUAUCUAGAGGAGAUGGCGGAUUGCGAAGAGGAUGUGGAAUAG